AUCCAAAGGGCAAACGACACUCAGUACGGACUUGGCGCUGGGGUCUUCACUUCUAGCAUUGCUCUCGCAGACUACUUCGUUAGCCGGCUACACGCGGGAACUGUGUGGGUGAACACCUACUUGAGCGGCGACGUGGGCAUUCCCUUCGGCGGCUACAAAGCCAGCGGCUAUGGCAGGGAAGGAGGAGAGGAAGGGCUGUUGCCUUACUUGGAAACGAAGACGGUGGUGACGAACAUAGAGCUUUAA